AGAGCAACGACCAGCCGUGCCUCGGUCAGAUGUGGGAAUAUAAAUAACUCCUGAAUGCAUCAGUCUCGUGUUGUUAUUUGUUGCAUCCCACAAUAAAACGCACGUUUGUAGAUUUCUACAUUUUUAUCACAUACCCGAAGGUACACGCUUCCCUCGGUGUGUUUUGUGACGUUCGCAGUAGAAGGCGACACUGCAGAGGAAGGGGGCCGCGCAAGGAGGGACACCUGCGUUGCCAUAGCGCUCAGCCUCCCCCCUAAAGCCGUGCCGGCGAACGUGCUCCGCUUGCAAGACGGGUCUUUUCCGUGUCUCUAUGCUUGAUACCCUUCGGAGGGCGAAAUCCGACGGAGAGAGGGCGGAGAGACAGCGAAGCUGCAACAAGCAUCCACACGGGACGUAUGAAAGAGGGCGCUAGCGACGCGGAGGGCUUGAGAAAUGGAUUCCAUUUCCAUGAUGGGCAGCAGUCCCCUGAGCGCCAAGGAGACAUUCCUGCCCAACGGGGAGAAGAACGGGCUUAAGGAACGGGCGGGCAGGCCCACGGUCGCCAUCAUUGGCUCUGGUGACUUCUCCAAGUGUCUGACCAUCCGCCUGCUCCGGUGCGGCUACCACGUGGUCGUGGGCAGCCGGCAGCCCAAGCGGGCAGCGGAGUUCUUCCCGCACGUCGUGGACGUGACGCACCACGAGGACGCAGUGGGCAAGGCCGCCCUCAUCUUCCUGGCCAUCCGCCGUGAGCACUACGCCUCACUCUGGGACCUCAAGCACCUGCUGGCGGGGAAGGUGCUGGUGGACGUCAGCAACAAUGGGCGCAUGAACCAGUACCCGGAGUCCAAUGCGGAGUACCUGGCCUCGCUCUUCCCGGACUCUCAUGUGGUGAAGGGCUUCAACGUCAUCUCCGCCUGGGCCAUGCAGUCUGGACCCAAGGAUGCCAGCCGGCAGGUGUACGUGUGCAGUAACUCGGUGGAGGCCCGGCAGCAGGUGCUCGAGCUGGCGCGGCAGCUGAACUUCGUCCCCGUGGACAUGGGCGCCCUGUCAUCGGCGCGGGAGAUCGAGAACAUGCCGCUGCACCUGUUCACGCCCUGGAAGGGCCCCGUGCUGGCGGCCGUCAGCCUCUCCAUCCUCUUCUUCGUCUACUCCUUCGUGCGCGACAUCGUCCACCCCUACGUCAAGAGCCAGCAGAGCGACUUCUACAAGAUCCCCGUGGAGGUGGUCAACAAGACGCUGCCGGUGGUGGCCAUCACGCUGCUGGCCUUGGUCUACCUGGCCGGCCUCCUGGCCGCCGCCCACCAGCUCUACUACAGCACCAAGUACCGGCGCUUCCCGCACUGGCUGGAGGGCUGGCUGCAGAGCCGCAAGCAGCUGGGCCUCCUCAGCUUCUUCUUCGCCGGGGUGCACGUGCUGUACAGCCUCUGCCUGCCCCUCCGCAGGUCCGAGCGCUACCUCGUCCUCAACACCGCCUUCCAGCAGGUUCACGCCAAUGUGGAGAACUCGUGGAAUGAGGAGGAGGUGUGGAGGGUGGAGAUGUACCUCUCCUUUGGCAUCAUGAGUCUGGGACUCCUCUCCCUGCUGGCUGUCACCUCCAUCCCAUCUGUCAACAGCGCCCUCAACUGGCGGGAGUUCAGCUUCAUCCAGUCCACGCUGGGCUACAUCGCCCUCCUCAUCGCCACCUUCCACACCCUCCUCUUUGGCUGGAGGAGGGCCUUCCAGCCCGAGUCGUACCGUUUCUACCUGCCGCCCAACUUCGUGGUGGCGCUGGUGCUGCCGGUGACGGUGAUCCUGGGGAAGGCCGCUCUGCUGCUGCCGUGCAUUGGCCGCAAGUUGAGGAGGAUCCGGCGGGGCUGGGAGGGCAGCCAAUACCGCGAGGACACAACAGCAGGCUCCGCCUCCCACGUCUCGCCCGAGCGGGUCACCAUCAUGUGACCCUUCCCACACCGCCAAACCCCAACCCUUACCACCACUGCCCAAAAGUCAUCAAUCUAAUAUGAGAAUAAAGAGAAUAGCUAUGACCGUCAAUCACCGUGGAUACACCCACCCAUAAUUCAUCCAGAUUGAUCAUGUGCCCGUGUCUGCCCCUCCCAGUAUGUCCGUCCUCCACAAGGGUCGCUGUCACAUGACUUUCCCUAGCCCUAUGGCCGGUUGUGGAAGCCUGAUCUUGUCCGACCCCAGGAGGGUCGCCACCUUGUGGCCAGACUCUGUGACUGCAGGGAGCACAAGCCUCAACAGAUCUUGGAAAGAAAUCAUUUGAGGACUUCAUAUCCUGAAUGGUGUAAUGCACAGAUGCCACAGGUCAUGGGUGGACACGUUGGCAAUGCAGCUGCAGCAUAACAUUUACUGUUCAACUCCGCACGUCAUCGGAAAAGAGCUCGCUUUGGAAACCGCAGAUUUUAAAUAAUGCCAGCACCGUACAUCUGUGAAAAUGAUUCAUGUUCAUUUGUGCAUUACAGAUCUGUCAUGUCAAGGCAGAUGAAGAAGAGACUUGGGAACGCUUGGCUCUAAAAGAGCUCUUGGAAUGCAGAGGGGGAUGCAGUAACGACAUUGCAAAGCUUUUGUUCUACCAUGCCAAAAGAGGGUUCAGGGCACUAGCAGACAAGCUGUGGCCCAUUUGGAUUAAAACAUCCAGGCCUCAGCAUGACCGAAAAAGGAAAAAAAUAAUGGAAAACAAAAAAGUGUGUGUUUGUCUAUUUGAAUAGAAUAUAUAUUUUUAACUUCAGAUACUACUACUGAUGAUGACUGAAGUCAUUCAGAUGUAUUACUUGAACCAUGACAUCUGCAGUAUGCUAGCGCUCUGGUCUUAAUGGUCUUUGUAAAGCCUGUUUGUUGGUCUUUGUAGGUCUCUUGUUUGUCUGCCCCUCAGCUACAUGCUCUGAGUUUUACUCCCCUUUGAGCUGAAUAUGUGCCAGAAAUUUACUCCAAUCACCAUUACAAUUCACCUACCCUCUCAUCUACCAGGGGAAGGAUAUAGUCUUUUUCAAAAAAAAAAAAAUUAACUGCUUUUUCUCUACAGUGAUGUGACCAGCAGUAAAGUUCAGUUACAUUUCACAGUGCCAUACAGAAUAUAUGUAAGACGAGUCUGCUGUCAUUGUGAUAGUCUGCUGUGAAAGGGUGCCAAACAUGAGAAAUCAUGAGUAUGUUGUGGUAUAAAAAUGUACAAAUUGCCAAGUGCUUGUUUUGUGAUUAAAUACAUAUCUCUGUUCUACGCGUCCAACAGGAAUUCUCCUUCAUUUAGUCCAAUCACACCUGAAGAACUGGCUGGAGUUACUGUACGUGGAGAUACUCUUUAUAAGCAAAA